AUGGCGCGCGCACCGCGCCGCGCUGGAAUCCCGCGUCGACGCCUUCCCGCAUCUGCUCGGGGUGGGGGACAGAUCGGUAGAGGAGGUUGGACGAGGGGGGGUGCUCCUCCCACGCGAGGAGGCCUUCCUGCGGGCGGUCCUCCUCCCCGCGAUGGCGGCCUUCGCGCGGAGUCGCCCGCGCGACGAUCCCGCCGUCGAGGCCCACCACCGCCGCCUUUCCCGCCGCCUCGCGAGGGGGGAGGGGGGGAUUCUCAGGGAAGCGGCGGAUCCCUCAGCCGCCGGCGAUCGCGGUCGUGCCCAUCCGCGAGUUCAUCUGCUCGACGAUCGCCCCUUCCCACGACGCGGGCGCCGACUUCCACUUCGGCGCGGAGGAGUUGGCGCGCUGUUUGGAGUACUUUGACGGCUUCGAUCGCUACUUUGAUAUCGCGUGCGGCGAUCACACAACUGUUGGCUUCAUCCUGUCGGGUUGAUAUCCUAAAGCUCAGAGAAAGAGAGAAAGAGAGAGAGGCAGCAUUAGAUGCACACCAAAAGGUUAGAUAA